AGUGGUAACGAGUAUAAGAGCUAACCCUAACACGGCUUUUAGAAUUUAGCGCUGCUUUGCUUUUAACUCUUUUCACUGCCUCUUUUCUCAGCAACGGCAACAGAACCCUAAUUUGCAGCGCUGCUCUCUCUAUCCCCAUGGCCGUCGGGAAGAACAAGCGUAUAUCUAAGGGAAAGAAGGGAAGCAAGAAGAAGGCAGCUGAUCCUUUUGCUAAGAAGGACUGGUAUGAUAUCAAGGCACCUUCUGUUUUCAAAGUCAGAAAUGUGGGCAAAACCCUUGUCACCAGAACUCAAGGAACCAAGAUUGCUUCGGAGGGAUUGAAACAUCGAGUUUUUGAAGUAUCUUUGGCUGACCUUCAAAAAGAUGAGGAUCAUGCCUACAGGAAGAUCCGCCUUAGAGCAGAGGAUGUGCAAGGGAAGAAUGUGCUCACAAACUUCUGGGGAAUGGACUUCACUACAGACAAGCUGAGGUCACUGGUGCGCAAAUGGCAGACAUUGAUUGAAUCCCAUGUUGAUGUGAAGACUACUGAUAAUUACACCUUGAGGCUAUUCUGCAUUGCUUUCACCAAGAGACGUGCAAACCAGGUCAAGCGGACAUGCUAUGCUCAGUCCAGUCAGAUCCGACAGAUUCGCAGGAAGAUGAGGGAGAUUCUGAUUAAUCAGGCAGCAUCGUGUGAUUUGAAAGAACUGGUGUUGAAGUUUAUUCCAGAGUCAAUUGGCAGAGAGAUUGAGAAGGCAACAUCUAGCAUAUAUCCUUUGCAAAACGUCUAUAUUCGCAAGGUCAAGAUCCUGAAGGCUCCCAAAUUUGAUCUUGGCAAGUUGAUGGAGGUUCAUGGUGACUAUUCAGCAGAUGACAUUGGUGUGAAGUUGGAGAGGCCUGCUGAUGAAUUAAUGGCAGAAGGGGAGACUGAAGUUGUUGGUGCAGCCUAAGCAGAGUUAUAAUUUAGGUUGUGAAAAACCUUUCAGUUUUGGGCCCUGUAUUGGCUUUUGAGCAUAAAGUAUUUAGAGGUUUUAUUUCUUUUCGAUAUUCAGAAUGAGAUGGAGAACUGAUGCGGUCUACGUAUUGACCUAUAUGUGUGGUUUGCUUAGAUAUUUGAUAGGAUUAACUUUCUUUUUCUCUUCAUAUGUACUGAGUUUUCAUAUUAUCAUUGCGUUGAGCAUUUAUGAUUUUGUUCAA